AUGAUACAGUGUGAUGUAAUAACAGGAGAUGCUUCCAUGAUUGCACCCAAUCUAUGUAAACUUAACGACUUAGGAAGCCAGGUCAUUGUGUACACAGGCUUUAGAGAAGUUCAAGUGUUUUAUAGGGAAAUGUGGGACACCACAGCAGAAUAUAUUAAUUUUCCACCUCACAGGCAGGUUAUCAUUUACAUGCCUGUAGUAUGCAUCUCUCCUACCCUUUGGGUAAUACACAACAUGAAUUCUUCAGGGAUUAAUCAGCUCCAAGAACCAACAGAAAAGAGGCAAGAUGGUGAAGACCUGGGAAAUUCCGUACUCUUGGAAACCUUAAGUAUGUUUUAUUGGAAGACCAACUUGGCAGCCCUUUGGAGGAUUACCCACCUCACUCCCUUUACCCAGAAGCACCUGAAGAAGGUCUAUGCUAGCCUGGGCCUCUGUAUGCUUGUGGCAGCCACAGGAGCCCACAUGAAUGUGGUUGCCCAUUUCUUUCAGGCUGGAUUCCUCUCAACUGUGAGUUCAUUUGGAUUGCUCUUUUGGCUGCUUAUCACACCCCACAGAAAUGACACUGAGCCGAAGAGACUGCUUCUGCUGGCCGGAUUUGCUUUCCUCAUAGGGGUUGGCUUGGGGCCUGAACUGGACUCAUGCAUCGCCAUUGACUCCAACAUUGUCCCCUCUUCCUUUCUGGGCACAACAAUGACCUUCAGCUCUUUCACCCUGAACUCAUUCUAUGGCCAAUGCAUUAGCUGCCUCUACCUUGGUGGCAUCUUGAUGUCAGCCCUGAGCCUGAUACUCAUCUCUUACCUGGGGAACCUCUUCUUUAUAUCCACGUGGCUCUCUCAAGCAAACGUGUACAUCGGGCUGGCAUUCCUGUGUGGACUGGUGAUUUUCGAUACACAACUCAUCAUUGAAAAGGCAGAGAAAAAAGAUGAAGAUUACAUCAGCCAUUGCAUGGACCUCUUCCUGGAUUUUGUCACCCUCUUCAGGAGAUUCAUGGUGAUCAUUGAAAUGAAUGAAAAGGGCAAGCUGAGAAAGAAAUAA